AUGGAAUUGCCUGGUGUUCCGGCAGAGGAACUAGAAGAAGACUGGCUGGAGACGUACGACGAGGACGGCGAGUUGGGGGAAGUAGCAGAGGACAAAGAGCUUGAGGCCCAGGAGAAAGAGUGGGAGAGGGUGCUGGGAGAUUUGAAGAAGCCUAUGGAGUUCCAGGUGUUGCGUUUUGCGAUACCAAUGGAGAAGCACCGGGGGCGUGAGAUAUUGGAGGCCGUCCAAGAGAUCUACGUCACUUUGAAGUCAUGGGGCAUGCCAUUGUCCAGAAUCCACACGGACCGUGCUAAGGAGUUCCGCACCAAGUCUUUGCGCAAGUGGUGUAGAGAGAGGGACGUGUACCAAACCUUCACAGAGGGUGUGGCGCCUUCCCAGAACGCAGUCGCCGAGAACGGGGUCAAGUGGCUGAAGUCCAAAGCACGCCUGCUCCUACAAGCCGGGGAUGUUGAAAAAAGGUAUUGGCCAUGCGCUAUGAAGGAGGCGUGUGACGGGCACAACCGCAGGAUGCUUGCAAGGCCUGAAAGGGCGAUUCGCUUUGGAUCUGUGGUGUGGAUCAAGUCCAAAAAGGGGCACGGUCCCUUUGACCCGAGGUGGGAGCGAGGCACGUAUAUGGGCCCUACAGAAGACGUUCGUGGUGGACACGUGGUGCUUCUUGAAGAUGGCACAUGGCUGAGGACCUUGCAUGUACGCCUUGUUCGUGAUGAAGAGUACGUUGAAAAGGAAGCCCCUGAGUACGAGGCGGAUUGGGUGAGGCCAUCGCAGAGGCUUCGGGAGAAGACAACAGUCAAGGGCCCGGAGAUUAAGGCGGCGAAGGUAUACCGAGCUAUGCCAAGGAGCCAGUUGGUGGAGAAGCUGCUGGCGUCGGAGAUCUGGACGAGCAAGGAGGCAGUGGCAAAACGUCCUCAACUGCGUGGUGUUCCCUGCCAUGAUGAUGAGAUGGCGUAUAUGACGCUCGGGGCUUAUCAGCAUGGAGGAAUUGUGAACAUCACCAAUGCUACCACAAAGUAUGAAGAGGUGGUGCGAGUGGCCUCUGCGCUGCUUCACCAUGACUUCCCCGGGAAGGACUUCACAUCGAUUGCCUUGGUGAAAAAUGCUGUGAUGCCCAUGCACAGAGACAGCUUCAACAAGAAGGGCUCGAACAACUUAGUCUCUCCGUUGCAGGUGGCAAAGGGCAGCGGCGUGUGGCAAGAGAUGAAGGUUGGAGACGAGUUCAAGGGGAAGUACGAACCUCGUUGGCACAAUGGAAAGGAGGUACCUGGUCAAGUCGUGGAGCUGAACCGGCCGCAGGAAGUGAACCCCUCCAGGUUGCAUGAGCCAGUGGUCGGAGAAAAAGGGCCAAGGACACUGGUGGUGGGCUUCACGAUUGCCGCCUGGCACAAGUUGGACCCUGAGGCAAUAGACUACCUUCGAGAACUUGGUUGUUGGCCAGAGAAGCAACCGGGAGAGGACGAUGCAGCUGCGUCUUGCCCUGUUGGACCUGAAAAAGGACUGGGUGGAGAAAGAGAGGACGAGCUGGUGAUCCCAGGAGGUAGGGUAAGCUUGAAGACAAAGUGGUCAAUGAGCUACAAGCCGGAGGAGGCCAGGAAUGAAGAAAAAGCCUUCGAGCCAGUGCCGAAUAUGCCAUUGCCAAAGGAAGAAAGAGAGUGGUUGGAACAAAGAGCCAGGGCGUUGAGGGCUUUUAUCGUUCAAGAGGCAAUGUGCGCGGACCAAAGGGAAGAAGAAGGUGAAGAUGCGGACGAGUCCAUGAAUGAAAAGGUUGUGGACGCGGAGGAGGAGCUCGACUUCGUGGAGGAAAUCCUGUCGGAAGAUAUGGUAGUGCAAGAAGAGCGGUCCCUGGAAGCGAUAAAUCAAAGGAAGAUUCGCAUCGCAAAGAUGGCCGCAGACAUCACCACCGAGAAUGUGGAAGACAUCCUGAAGGAUUUGAAGGAGCCCCUCACAGUGACGCACACGGUAGCCCUCCCCGAGGUCAAAGCACAUCUGCCAGUAUGGAUACCGAGCAUUGCCAAAGAAGUUAAUCACCUGAAAGGAAACGGCACCCUGGUUCCAAUCCCUCUUCAGGAAGCAAAACGGCUACAAGAUCGUGGGGAGAUCACUCUGGUGCCGGCUAAGACGGUGCACACCGUGAAGCCCCCUGAUGCGGCGGUGAUCAAGGACAAGGAAGAGUGCGAAGAGGAGAAACCUCAGGACUUGGCAGGCAAGGAGCACCCCGGGAGUGUCGAUGACCUCAGUUUCUUUAAGAGAAAAACAAGGCUCGUGAUCUGCGGCAACUACAUCAAGGGCGACACGGAAGUUUUCACCACAGCCGCCAGCGCGGAGAGCUUGAGAUGCGGGCUGGCGUUUGCGGCACAAAGAAACUGGGAGGCGGCGGUCACGGACAUAACAUCGGCGUUCACCCUUACCCCGAUGUCGGAGUCAAGUGUGCACUAUGCGAUCACGGUCCCGAAGGUGGUCGUGGAUGCUGGAUGCGCACAGCCAAACACCGCUUACUUGGUGGAGAGGCUCCUCUACGGCCUGAAGGAAGCGCCGCGGUUGUGGGGCAACUUUCGAGAUCGGAGGAUCAAGGGAGCCAAGGUCCGCGUGGGGCAACGUGAAUGCAAGUUCGUUCAGAUGGAAACAGAUCCAGCGGUGUGGAGGCUUGUUCCUGUGGGGGAUGAGGAGGAGACCAUCGCUCUGAUGAUCAUAUACGUGGAUGACGUGAUGUUCCUUGGAGGAAGAGAAGAGGUCAAGAGCAUGUACACGUGGCUCACAAAAGGGGACGACGGUGAAGAUGGUUGGAAGUGCUCUGAGCUGGAAUGGGUUGGCAAAAGACCUGUGCGAUACCUUGGUAUGGAGGUGCAAAGCCGAGUUUGUGAAGGCAGAAGACACUACCAUGUUAGCCAGGGCGGGUACAUUGCUGAUUUGAUCCGGGAGUAUGGCAUGGAGCAUGACAAGCCUGCACAGGUGCCAGCGACGAAGGACCUUAUUCCGCAUUGGGAGGAGGGAGACGAGGAAGGCAGCGAGACGGAUGAGGAGCUCAUUCGGGCAGCCCAAACCGCUGCCGGAGAACUGCUAUGGCUGGCUACGAGAACAAGACCGGACAUAAGCUUUGCAACGAGCCACGUCUGCGCCAUGGCUACAAAGAAUGCAGCUGCCGCCACCCGCUUGGCUCACCAUGUGCGUCGAUACCUCCUCAACACGCAGGACAUGGGAUUGGUCUAUUGCGGCUCGCAGCAGGCGGUGGAAACGUUUUCAGACGCCAGUUACGCGCCAGGGGGCGGAAAGUCCUUUGGCUGCAGCGCAGCAGAGUUGUACGAGUUGAUCGCGGCAUAUCAGCUGGGCUUGGGUAUCCAGGCGUGGGCCAGCGAGGUGCAAGCGAGUGUGCCCCAAGCUGUCAAAGUAGACAACACGGCGGCUCUGGGGCUGGCAAGCACCGCCCCGGGGACAUGGAAAACUCGUCACCUCCGUGUGAGGGCGCGGUUUCUUCGGCAAGAAGUGUCGGCGCAGCGCGUAACCCUACAUCAUGAACCUGGUGAAGGGCAACCAGCAGACUUGGGCACCAAGCCAGUCCCGGCUCCUCGCCUAUCUGUGCUUCGUGGGCUAUGGAAUAUGGUCACCGUGGAGGACUUUGCGCAAGGUCACAAGGAGGGACGGAUGUCUCAAGUUACCGUGACGCCAAGGCUGGAAGCGGUGAAGAUCAUGGCGCUGAUGGUCGUCUUGACGAUGGCCCAGGGCGCUAAGGCGGAGAAGAUGCAUAAAAGUCCGACGGAGUUGGAUGGAAGCGUGGAGUUUUAUGUCUGUGUGGGAAUAUGUGGAGUAGCUCUGGUGGCGAUCUGGGAGCUCGUGAAGAUGAUCAUGGGUUGGUUGCUGGGAAUCCACGACGAGACAACUGUGCAAAGGGCGAAAAGGCUGUUGCGGAUCAGGGACCAGACAGCUCGCGCUUUGCAUCAAGAGCUGAAGAAUUUAGAGCCAGAGCUUGCCACGAGAACCCCUGAGGCUGAGGUUCACAAAGCGGUUACAGCGUCCGAAACCACGCCUUCGACGACUUCGGGACAAGGGACCUUCAGGGUGGAUGCGCCAGAUGAGGUCAUUACGGACAGCCAAGCAGCGAGGCUGAGACUGGAUUUUAGCAUGGAGAUCGAGUACAUGUUCACGCUGGAUGUUAUGGACUGA